AUGUACAACCCUGUGAAAGAGCGACGACUCAAGUUGGGGCUGUUCAUCGCCAUCGGCUUCAUCAACGUCAGCGUCUUCUGCGUCUGGAUCCCUGCCCGGCUACAAAUCAGCCCGACAAUCGUUCACGUCAAUGAGAUUUGGGAUCGGAUUGAAAAGGCGCUCUUUGCCGCCGUGGACAUGGCCAUGAACCUAUACUUCAUGUGGCUCGUCAAGUCCAAGCUGGUGUCGAAUGGGUUGACGCAAUACAACCUUGUCUAUAAGUACAACAUGAUCACAGUUUGCUUGUCAAUGCUGCUCGAUGCUAUGCUCAUUGGCUUCAUGUCGUUGCCAGACGACGCAGUAUACUUCCAGGUCCAGGCAUUGGCUUACCUCACCAAGCUAAGCAUCGAGGUGAACAUGGCGGAUCUGCUCGGGAAAGUAGUCAAGAGAUCGCAGGAAGGGGAUGCCCCUCUGCCGAUGUCAGAUCGGGCUACUUGGCAGACAUCGCCGCAGACUACCGGGCAGACUACCGGGCAGCCACAGCUCGGAAUGAAUGCCUUUGACCCGGAAUGGCUUGGGAGUGCCAAGCAAUUUAUCUUGCCCCUAGGGAGCCGCGAUCGCGGCGGUGACGGUGACGGCCAGAUGCAAGAAUUCAACUUGGACGUCUUGGACGGGAAGAAUACACCAACGCGGCCCCGCUCAUCCACCAAAGGCCCUCUCGAUGACGACGGCCCUUUAGCCUCGCCUCUUUCCGCCGACCAGGUUCAACGAACACUUUCACUCAGAAGCCAUACCGCUCCCAGAAGUCCCGCUCUCGGAUCGCCCAUGAUGCGCUCCCCAGCUCAUUCCCCAGCGCCAACCGGCAAGCGAGUCCCUAUCGGCGGCGCACCCCCUUCGAAACACGGCCCGAAGGACUUUUCGUAUCUUUUGCGCCCAGAAAUCUACCAUCCACUCACGCCACUCAACAUCCCCCCGCCCUUCCGUAACCCGCCUAACCCGCCAGCCUCGGACACACCUAUCCCCGAGCUCCUCUCGCAGGGCUAUUUCCGCGCUGCCGCCAUCGCCGCCACGCAAACCCUCACCGGCGGCACCGUCGACCCGACCGACCAUGACCGCAUCUUCGACCUUCUCUACACCCGCCUCGCCUGCCUCACCUUAAUCGACGCGACCACCCUCGCCGCGCAGGAAGUCAAAGCCCUGGGCGACCUCCACUCCGCCUUCUACUACACAACCCCCACCCCCCAACAACAACACCCCGGAUCACAACCUCCCCAAACCCCCGGCUCCCAACCCCCCCAAGACACCAGCACCCCCACCCCCCCUACACCAACGCACCUCGUCCCCUGGCCGCUGCGCCUCCUCGCCGUGCGCCUGCAAGCCCUCGGCUUCGGCGACCCGCGCCGCGCCGUCAUGAGCUACUACGAGCUGGCGCGGGAGGCGCGCGCCCGCGUGGCCGCCGCCCGCGCCGCCCACGACCAUUCCGCCGCCGAGGCCUGGAAGCACCGGCUGGCGGACCUGGGCGUGCGUGUUGCGGGUGCGUUGGUGGAGAUGGAUGAUUUGGCGGGGGCGGUGGGGCAUUUGGGGACUUUGGGUGGGGACAGGGGGAGUGGUGGUGGUGGUGAAGGGGGGAUGGGGAUGGUGAGGGUGAGGAGGGCGUUGUUGUGGUUGCAUUUGGGGGAUGUGGAUGCUGCGAGGGCGUGUGUGGGGGGGGAGGCUGUUCAGGGAGGGGUGGAUGAGAGAAUGGUGACGGCGUUGUGUGAUAUGGCGGAUGGCGAGUAUGACGCUGCUUUGGGGAAGUGGGCUGAUUUGAAGGAGCUAGUGGGUGAUGAUGAGAUGGUUUGCGUCAAUAUGGCGGUUUGUUUGCUGUAUGUUGGGAGAAUGCACGAGGGCCGUGCGUUGCUAGAACAGCUUGUGGACACCGGACGAAGCUCGCAUACGCUGCUGUUCAACCUUUCCACCAUGUAUGAGCUCUGCACCGAUAGGUCACGGGUGCUCAAGGUGGGGUUGUCGGAGAGGGUGGCUGCUAUGGGAGAUCGGAUGGGAGGCUGGGAGAAGAACAAUGCCGAUUUCAAACUAUGA